AUGAUUGAAAGGGCCUCUGAUAUGUCAAGGUGCUGGUCCUACGUGGGGCGUAGAGGUGGAGGACAGAUUGUGUCACUGGCUCGACGAGGGUGUGUGUACCACCAGGUGAUCCAGCAUGAGCUCCUGCACGCCCUGGGCUUCAAUCACGAGCAGACCCGCAGUGACCGUGACCGAUAUGUCCGUAUUUACUACCAGAACAUCCUCAGAGGACAAGAGCACAACUUCAGAAAGAUUAACACCAACAACCUGGGCACCCCCUAUGACUACGGCUCAGUCAUGCAUUACGGAAGGUAUGCCUUCUCCGCAAACCGGCAGCCCACCAUUGUCCCCAUUCCCCAACGGCCAAUGUGUGUAGAUCGAAGAGCCACCCAGAUGAGCCGCAUGGACAUCCUGCGGGUCAAACGCCUCUAUGGAUGCAGAUAAGUUGGGCUGUUGCUGACAAGACCCCAGACCGCAAAUCAAAAGAAGAACUGGCUUUCCCGCUCAAUUGAAAUGAAGGAAAUGUUUGAAAAAAAAGGAAGUUUGAUUGUGUUCCCUUCUAACAAGACUGUUUUGUUAUAGUACUACAAGUUUAUAUCAACCCAAACCCUUGACUGUACACAAUGAGUAAAUUCUUAAGCUUUCAUGUUUAAACCAAUAAAAUUGGGCAGCGUGAAACAG